AUGAAAAUAGCAGGUGUCUUUCUGUUCCUGUCUCUGACCCUACUCUGCUUUUUCUCAGUUAAGAAAGACUAUGCUAAUGAUGAUGAUAGUGGCAGCGAUGAUGACAAUGAGGCUGGUGCCUUUGGUCAAAAAGAAAAGAUUAAUUGUGGUGAGUUCCGUAACCCCAAUAUCUUCUGUACUCGGGAAUCUGAUCCACUCUGUGGCUCUGAUGGUUUGACGUAUGGAAAUAAAUGUGCCUUCUGCAAGGCGUUGGCGAAAAGUUCUGGGAAGAUCAACCUAAAGCAUCGUGGGAAAUGCUGA